UGCCCUUUUUCAGUCAGUCUAGUUGUCGUCCAUCCCUGUGUGUUAGAAUGAGGUGCACCAGCUCCCCUCGCCAAACCUUGAGCCUCUUCUCCGCAUGUCGCAAGAUACUAAGCUCCAGUUGAACUAGUCGUAGUUAUUCUUUCAAGCGCUUAUUCCAGCUGAACCGACGGCGCUAGGAUGAGUUGGAAGUGGUCGCAGGAGCCGAGCCCGCGAGGCCAGGCCGAGCCGGUCGAGCAGCAGCGGCUGCAAUGGGUGCUCGAGGUGACUCCGCAGCUCGACGUCAGUCGCAGCACUCUCGCCGUCGCCCUCGCCGACGCGGAGAGCUUAAGAAAGUCGCCCGGGUCGUCGCAGGGGUCGUCGCACGGCGGGUCGUCGGAAGUCGCAGGAGCAGACACGGAGCUUCCCGUGUUUAUUCUAGUCGCCGUCAUGCACGACACGACUGCACCUCCAUCCCCCAUGGUGCGUCACUCCAUGACGAUGGACGAGGCAGUGAGGCUAGCGGAAGCAGAGGAGGCCGUCAUUCGCAAGAUGCUGCAGCCGCUGCAGGCCCUGGCGCACAGCAGGCAGGUAAGGGCAGUGAUGCAUCUGGAGCGCAGCAGCGACCACGAGAAGUCCCUCUGCGAUGCCGUCAAGCGCUUCUCCGCGUCCCGAGUCUACAUCGGGGAAAUUCCUGUGGUCCAAGGCUCUGAACAACGCACCAACAGCCUACUACGAGACCAACUUGCCGGACGGGUGCCUGCUUGUGAUCUCCCAGGGGUCCCGGAAGCUGGCAGAGAUAGGCGUGCAUCCCAAGGCCCCCCUUCGGAGUCGCACGCUCAGCCGCUCCAAGCGCUCCCAGGCAGGGAUUGACGGUCCCCCCACCCCUACAAGCACCGCAGGUUCUGCUGCUACUGGUGCUACUGCCAUGGGUGGUG